AUGGCUGAAAGCAGCAGUGCCAUGGCUGAAAGCAGCAGUGCCAUGGCUGAAAGCAGCAGUGCCAUGGCUGAAAGCAGCAGUGCCAUGGCUGAAAGCAGCAGUGCCAUGGCUGAAAGCAGCAGUGCCAUGGCUGAAAGCAGCAGUGCCAUGGCUGAAAGCAGCAGUGCCAUGGCUGAAAGCAGCAGUGCCAUGGCUGAAAGCAGCAGUGCCAUGGCUGAAAGCAGCAGUGCCAUGGCUGAAAGCAGCAGUGCCAUGGCUGAAAGCAGCAGUGCCAUGGCUGAAAGCAGCAGUGCCAUGGCUGAAAGCAGCAGUGCCAUGGCUGAAAGCAGCAGUGCCAUGGCUGAAAGCAGCAGUGCCAUGGCUGAAAGCAGCAGUGCCAUGGCUGAAAGCAGCAGUGCCAUGGCUGAAAGCAGCAGUGCCAUGGCUGAAAGCAGCAGUGCCAUGGCUGAAAGCAGCAGUGCCAUGGCUGAAAGCAGCAGUGCCAUGGCUGAAAGCAGCAGUGCCAUGGCUGAAAGCAGCAGUGCCAUGGCUGAAAGCAGCAGUGCCAUGGCUGAAAGCAGCAGUGCCAUGGCUGAAAGCAGCAGUGCCAUGGCUGAAAGCAGCAGUGCCAUGGCUGAAAGCAGCAGUGCCAUGGCUGAAAGCAGCAGUGCCAUGGCUGAAAGCAGCAGUGCCAUGGCUGAAAGCAGCAGUGCCAUGGCUGAAAGCAGCAGUGCCAUGGCUGAAAGCAGCAGUGCCAUGGCUGAAAGCAGCAGUGCCAUGGCUGAAAGCAGCAGUGCCAUGGCUGAAAGCAGCAGUGCCAUGGCUGAAAGCAGCAGUGCCAUGGCUGAAAGCAGCAGUGCCAUGGCUGAAAGCAGCAGUGCCAUGGCUGAAAGCAGCAGUGCCAUGGCUGAAAGCAGCAGUGCCAUGGCUGAAAGCAGCAGUGCCAUGGCUGAAAGCAGCAGUGCCAUGGCUGAAAGCAGCAGUGCCAUGGCUGAAAGCAGCAGUGCCAUGGCUGAAAGCAGCAGUGCCAUGGCUGAAAGCAGCAGUGCCAUGGCUGAAAGCAGCAGUGCCAUGGCUGAAAGCAGCAGUGCCAUGGCUGAAAGCAGCAGUGCCAUGGCUGAAAGCAGCAGUGCCAUGGCUGAAAGCAGCAGUGCCAUGGCUGAAAGCAGCAGUGCCAUGGCUGAAAGCAGCAGUGCCAUGGCUGAAAGCAGCAGUGCCAUGGCUGAAAGCAGCAGUGCCAUGGCUGAAAGCAGCAGUGCCAUGGCUGAAAGCAGCAGUGCCAUGGCUGAAAGCAGCAGUGCCAUGGCUGAAAGCAGCAGUGCCAUGGCUGAAAGCAGCAGUGCCAUGGCUGAAAGCAGCAGUGCCAUGGCUGAAAGCAGCAGUGCCAUGGCUGAAAGCAGCAGUGCCAUGGCUGAAAGCAGCAGUGCCAUGGCUGAAAGCAGCAGUGCCAUGGCUGAAAGCAGCAGUGCCAUGGCUGAAAGCAGCAGUGCCAUGGCUGAAAGCAGCAGUGCCAUGGCUGAAAGCAGCAGUGCCAUGGCUGAAAGCAGCAGUGCCAUGGCUGAAAGCAGCAGUGCCAUGGCUGAAAGCAGCAGUGCCAUGGCUGAAAGCAGCAGUGCCAUGGCUGAAAGCAGCAGUGCCAUGGCUGAAAGCAGCAGUGCCAUGGCUGAAAGCAGCAGUGCCAUGGCUGAAAGCAGCAGUGCCAUGGCUGAAAGCAGCAGUGCCAUGGCUGAAAGCAGCAGUGCCAUGGCUGAAAGCAGCAGUGCCAUGGCUGAAAGCAGCAGUGCCAUGGCUGAAAGCAGCAGUGCCAUGGCUGAAAGCAGCAGUGCCAUGGCUGAAAGCAGCAGUGCCAUGGCUGAAAGCAGCAGUGCCAUGGCUGAAAGCAGCAGUGCCAUGGCUGAAAGCAGCAGUGCUCCCAACAAUACAUGCGCCCUGGAACCAUCCAACCCAUCCCCACCCCUGCUCCUCGCCUAA